AUGUCAUCAACCGAGUCGCCAGCAGCGGCUCUAGAGCCAACUCACACCUUCUCGCAGAACCAAGGUUACGACUAUGCCAACAACGACCAAGAACAAGCUGGUGGCGUCUUACUAGACGAAGGAAUCCAAGACGAACAGGACGACUACUACGAUGACUUGUUCGAGGACAGCGCCGACGAGGUCAACGAUUCAGAAAUCACUUCAUCCAACCCUGCCGACUUCACCAAAUCGUAUAAUCGCCAAAGACGCCUGAACGACGAACAAGUCCCUUCCACUCAAAAACCCAAGACAAAUCCCGCCGGUCACAAACCUACCGCAAAUACUCGAGCCAGUGUGGAUGAUCAGGUCCAGAGCUUGUCUCAGCAUGCCUCCAAGUUGCGCCUCAACAACCUCGAGUCUGGCUUCGGUGGCGGCAAGCAAGAAAGAGGAGGCGGCAAGGACAAGAGCGAUCGCGCCACCAGCGAACAAGUCUUGGAUCCCAGAACUCGUAUGAUUCUCCUGCAACUCUUGAACAAGAACGUCGUUUCUGAGAUCAACGGUGUUUUGUCAACUGGAAAGGAAGCCAACGUCUACCACGCUGCAACAAUUCCUGAGGAUCACGACGACUCCGAGGGCCCUGCUGCCCCAUUGCACAGAGCCAUCAAGGUCUACAAGACGAGUAUUUUGGUCUUCAAGGACCGCGACAAGUACGUCACUGGUGACUUCAGAUUCCGUGGUGGCUACAACAAGAGUGACAACCGCGCCAUGGUCAAGGUCUGGGCAGAGAAGGAGUUCAGAAACUUGCGCAUCUUGCACGCCGCCGGCAUCCCCUGCCCAGACCCACUCUACCUCCGCCAACAUGUCAUGGUCAUGAGCUUCCUAGGCAACAAGAAGGGCUGGCCUGCACCUCGUCUGAGAGACGUCGAUUUCCAACUACCCACCGAGGAAGAAAAUGCUGCCAAAUGGAGAGAGAUGUACAUUCAAUUACUUGGUUACAUGCGCAUCAUGUACCAGACCUGCCGCUUGGUCCAUGGUGAUUUGAGUGAAUACAACUUGAUGUACCAUCAAAGCCGCAUUUUCGUCAUUGACGUCAGUCAAAGUGUCGAGCACGACCACCCACGCUCUCUUGAGUUCCUGCGUAUGGACAUCAAGAACAUUAGCGAUUUCUUCGCUCGCAAGGGUGUCGAUUGUCUGCCCGAGAGAGCCAUCUUUGGCUUCAUUACUUCUGAGCAAGGUGGUGUCGAGACUGCUCAAAUGGAAGACCUCAUCGCAAAGAUGUACGAGACCAGAGAGCAACAAGGCAACCAAGACGACGAAGAAGUCGACAACCAAGUUUUCAGACAGCAAUACAUUCCUCAGACUCUUGAGCAAGUCUAUGAUAAGGAGACGAUCUCGUCUACAAAGCUCUUCUUGCAAAUAAAACCACAGUUGGCACCGAAGAUGCCGAAGACGACAGCGACGCUGAGGGUUCAGAAAGCGAAGGAGACGAAUCUGAAGACCCUGACCGACCGCGUAGAAAGCGUAAUGAAGGCGAAAGACCCAGAGGCAAGCGUUUCGAAGAUAAAGAUACCAAGAAGGAACACAAAAGGCCGUCAAGGAGGAGAAGCGCGAAAGAGAAAAGAGAAGAUGCCCAAGCAUCUCAAGAAGAAGCUCAUUAGCGGUUCUUCUCGCGGUAAGCACUAG